AUGGCAGGAACAGGAGUUCCGCCAAUCAACAUCGAGGGCACCGCUGAUUGGUCAUCCUUGAGUAGGAUGAUGAACAGCAAGGGGAUUCAAUUCUCCAAAGCGAGGACGGCGGGUACCAGUGUGAAGGUAUUCACAAAUACACCAGCUGACUACCGUCAGCUAGUCGCACUGCUUGAAUCCAUCAAGCGGCCCUUCUUCACAUAUCAACUGAAGGAGGACAGGAUGGACCAGAGGGUCAUUCGUGGGCUUCCGAGAGAGAUGUCAGUCAAUGACAUCAAAGAGGAUCUGGUGAGCCAAGGCAUCGCAGACGCCGUGGUUCAGCAGCUGACCUCAAGGACCACAAAGAAGCCACUUCCGCUCUUCCUCGUCAAGACGAAGAUGCCGGAAAAGCUUGCAGAGAUCCAGAGGCUGGCCAUGCUCACGGUCAGCUUCGAGAGGAAGAAAAAGUCUUCCGAGCCCAGCCAGUGCUACCGCUGCCAGCGGUACGGGCACACACAGCGGAACUGCCGUCUCGCUGAACGGUGCGUUAAGUGUGGAGAGGACCACAACAGCACCAGCUGCAGUCUGCCAGCGCCGCCAACAGGGCAACGGAACGCCAAGUGCUGCCUCUGUGGAGAAGGCCACCCCGCCAACUACAAGGGAUGUAGUAAGGCGCCGAAGAAAGCUGCUUCUGCCCCCAAAGCAGUCCCCACCACAAAUAGGACUUCUUACGCCCAAAAAGUGAAGAAGCCUAUGUCCACUUCUGCCCCAGCAGCCGCCACUGCUACUGGAACUACUGCGCAGAAGCAACACGGCGAUGACAGACUGCUAGCAAUGAUGCAAGCCAUCAUAACCCGCCUGGAUGCACUCGAGGCCAAGAUGCAAGACAAGCACUAG